AUGCUAUCCAGAGAAGUUAAGCUCCUGAUCGAGAACAACUUCACAGAAGCCUUCUACCUCCAGAUGGAAGCUGCGUGGCCAGACCAUGACAUCGUCCCAGCCGUUGAACACUACCUCAAUACCCUCGCCGACUUCCACCGCACCUACCCAUCCCUCACGCCCAUCCCUCCCCCCCAAAUCGGCCACAGCCUCGCCGCUCGCGACACCUGGAUCCACGCCCGCGCCGCUUUAGAUGAGGACUGGUUCGCCAACGAUGCUCAGGACGACAAUUACCUCCGUGCAUACCUCGAAGACAUGAACGCCGAGAUCUGGCGCCAGCUGAUGGUUCGUGAGAUCUGUGUUCGCGGGGAAGGGUGGCGGCACGUUCCGUGGGAAGAAGUACAGGCUUGGGAGUGGAGUGAUGACGAGCGGUCGUUUCAUUAUGGCCAAUGGGAAUCUAAGGGUAUCAAGCUUGCGGAUUGGCUGAAGAUUCAUUUGGAGGGGGGUGGCGGAGGAGGAAGGGAGGAGAGGGGAGGUACUUUUACGGGAGACGGAGGAGGAGAGAAGGGAGGGAUGGAACGAUGA